AUGGCAGAGGAAGAGGGACAGGAGGUGAUCUUCACCGAGAACACCGCGCCGGACCGCGAGAUCUGGGAUGAGAAGGGCGGUCUCAUCAAGAAGGGUGCGGCCGAGAUCGCGGAGAGAGAUCAGGACCACGUGCCGGAGGUCAAGGUGCUCACCACCUUGGGCAUGUUCGCCGUGCCCGUCACGGCCGAGACCACCGUGGGGGAGAUCCGUCAGAAGGUCCAGGAGUGGAAGCCCGAAUAUUCGCUCGAGCAGAUUGAGCUGGUGUGCAAGGACAAGGAUGCUUGGGGCCCACUCUUCAACAAGACUUCUCGCCCCCGUGACGACGACGAAACUGUCGAGUCCCUGUGGAGUGACUGGGACAUCCCGCGCCGCAUGAUGCAGGUGGCCUUGUGGAUCAAAGAGAAGAACGAGGAGACCGGCGAGUGGGAGAGCACCUUCUGGAAGAUGCUCGAAGAAUCCAAGUGUGACGAGGUGAUCUUCACCGAGAACACCGCGCCGGACAGGGAGAUCUGGGACGAGAAGGGAGGUCUCAUCAAGAAGGGUGCAGCCGAGAUCGCGGAGAGAGAUCAGGACCACGUGCCGGAGGUCAAGGUGCUCACGACCUUGGGCAUGUUCGCCGUGCCCGUCACGGCCGAGACCACCGUGGGGGAGAUCCGUCAGAAGGUCCAGGAGUGGAAACCCGAAUACUCGCUCGAGCAGAUCGAGCUGGUGUGCAAGGACAAGGAUGCUUGGGGCCCACUCUUCAACAAGACCUCUCGCCCCCGCGACGACGACGAGACCGUCGAGUCCCUGUGGAGUGACUGGGACAUCCCGCGCCGCAUGAUGCAGGUCGCCUUGUGGAUCAAGGAGAAGAACGAGGAGACUGGUGAGUGGGAGAGCACCUUCUGGAAGAUGCUCGAAGAGUCCAAAUGCGACGAUUGGAGCUUCCAGGGUCACACCAUCUGA